AUGCCGUACUCAGAGGGCGCGCAGGCCGCGCUUGUGCAAUGGGCGAACACGUUUCCCCUUGAUAAAAAGGCUGACUCAAUAAACGACUUCCUCGAUGGCCAUCUCCUUUCCCAGGUCCUACAGGACCUUGACCCCUCCUACGACGCGAACACCGGCGAAGGCGCUCUCUACGAUGUCUACAAAGGCAUCAACAGGCUGGUCUACCGCGAGUGCCCAGGGCUCUCCGGCAAAGUCAAGGCUGCCGACAUCCGUCCCAGAGCCAGAGAAGCGCACCCGGAAGCUAUCUCCCAGGUACGGGUCAUGAAUACUCAAGCCUCCCACCGGCUGCCGCCCAGGAACUAUGCACUAAUUCAGAAAUCCUCUCAGCUUAUCGCCGUUCUUUUUGCCAUUGCCAUGCUCGGAAGUAACAAUGAACGAUACGUCACACGCAUUACCAAAGAUCUCUCGGACAAGGCGGUCCUCUUCCAACUCCAGCGGAUCACCCAGGACAUGAACACGGCAAUCAACGAGUUCAACGAGGCUGAACUGGAGGAUCCUUCAGACGUCGCCAACGAGAGCCAUGAUGCCGAUCUUGCAAUGGAAGCCGACAAUAUCCGUCUCCGCGCCGAAAUGGACAAAAGGGGGAAGCUGCUCGCAGACAUGGAGACGCGCCUGGGUCAUUUGCAAGAGAGCUAUGACGACCUCAAGGACGAGGUCGUCGCGAAGGGACGAGAAUUGGAAGCGUUCCACAGCGCUCAGGAUGGCGCCGGGAAGGAGGUCAUCAGAUCGCUGGAGUUGAAGCUGCGUGAGCAGGACGAGCUCAUUGCCAACCAGGAAGCGCAGGCCGAAGAUGAUCGCAUUGCCAAGGAGCGACUGCAAAGCGAGGUCACCGCUCUCAAGGCCAAGACGCAGAAGCUCGAGACUCUCGACGAUGAAGUGAAGGAGCUGCGUUUCAAGAAUGAAGAGCUCUCUCGCAAGGCCAACAUGGUGGAACGGUACAAGCAGAAGCUUGAGGCUCAGUCUGCGCUUUCGAAAGAGAUGGAUAACCUGCUUUACGAGAAGGAGCAGAUGCAACGCGACCUCAUCGAGUACGAGAAGGUCCUGAAGAGGAACCAGGCCUUGGAGCAGACGAACGAGCAAUACGCCUCGAAGCUCAGAGAUUAUGAGCUGCAGUAUGUCGAAUUGGACGCCCAGCGCAGGGCUCUCCACGACGACACCAUGCAGCUCAGAGCUCGCCUGCAAACCCUUGAUGCCCAGCGUCUUUCGGAUGAGAGGCUCAUUGCCGAGCUGCAGGACCAGAUUGCUGCGGGUACGGGCCAGUCGGCCAUGUCCCCUGAUGCUGCCUCUGCUGGCUUCAGCCUCGAGCAGGAACUUGAAGGGGCUGGCAGCAGUGCACCUCCUAACCUCAGUCUUGAGGUUUCCCGCCUCAAGGCCGAGAACAAUCUUCUACGCAGUGGUAUGGGCUCUGCAUCGGAGAAUGCUCGGCUACGACAGGAGCUGGACGAUGAACGACGACAACGGGAACGCCUCCAGGGCACAUACAACGAAACCUUUGAGAAGCACCAGCUUGCGGAAGCUCAAGUCAGCGCCUUGAUUGGCGGUGGCGGCGAAAACGAAGUGUUGGCGAAUUUGAAGAUCCAAGUUGCCCAGAUGACCCAUGAACUUCAGGCCGAGAAGCGAAGACUGAGCGAAGUCCAGGCUCAGCUUGCUGACAAGGAUCGUGAGCUGCUCAGCGCGAGGACAGAUCUUUCUGCCGUGGCGAAGGAUAGUGUCGACGCCCUCGAAGAACUCAAGUCCACCGACCAGCUCAUCUCGGCAUCAGUUCGAGAGGAGCUUGAGGCUGCCCGCCUGCAAAUCAAGAACCUCAGCGCUGACCUAGAGAACCGACAAAGUUCACUCAUCAACGCCUUGCUCGAAAAGGACAAGAUCCGUAAAGAACUGGACGAGGCGAAAGAAGGACGGCCAGAGGGUGCCGAACCAACGGAGGCUGUUCAGAAGCUUCAGGACAAGGUUGAGAAGCUGCGCACGCGACUCAAGGAGCGACAAUCGCAACUGGAGAAGUCUGAGCAAGAUAAGUACGAUUUGCAACGGAAGCUCAAGGCAGCGGAAGGUGGAGAGGCGGCUGCGGCUCAGAAGGCCGCGAGCGACCAAAUUAUCAAGAAUCUUCAACGCGAAAACGCCCUUAUUGCUACCGCUUGGUACGAUCUUACUAGCCGUAUUCAGAGCAACCAUGUGGUGCUGCAACGGAGGAACGAGGUGCCCAAGAGCUGGCUGGGUAAACAGCGACAAAUGGUCAACGGUAUGACAUCCCCCUCUUACAAACGACGACGUGACAAGUGCUGA